AGAUGAGAUAAGUCGGAAAAUAUCCCGUGUCAGAAAUAUAGCUAUUUCCCCCCUCAGUAGUGUUUAAUUGAAGUGGAACACAGUUUAUUGAGAAGAAUGAGCAGGAUAAAGUGCACUUUGAGGGAUUCAGGGUGUUGAGCGUGCAUGAGAAGAAAAUAUAUAGACGGGUAGAAGGCAUAGACGACAGCAUAUUUCCCAAUGGCUGAGAAUAAUUUUCCUCCUCUGCCAUCAUUUAUCCCGCUGAAGCCAUGUUUCUACCAGGACUUUGAGGAGAUCCCAGAGCAGCACCGCAAAAUGUGCAAGAAACUUUACUACCUCUGGAUAUUGUACAGCGCCACUCUGGCAGUGAAUUUCAUAGGCUGUAUGGCUUGGAUGUUUGGUGGAGGAGGAGUGACGAACUUCGGCAUGUCCAUCAUGUGGUUGAUCCUCUUCACUCCUUGUUCCUACGUGUGUUGGUUCAGACCCGUCUACAAGGCCUUCAAGACAGACAGCUCCUUCAACUUCAUGGCUUUCUUCUUCAUCUUCAUGGCUCAGGUUGCUAUCAGCGUCAUCCAAGCCAUCGGGAUUCCAGGAUGGGGGGUCUGUGGCUGGCUAGGCACUAUUGUCUUCUUUGGCACAAGCAUCUUUGCCUCCAUCAUCAUGCUCAUUCCAACCAUCAUGUUUACAGCUGUAGCCAUUUUGUCCUUCAUUGCUCUCACUACGGUUCAUAACCUGUACCGGGGCAGUGGAGGCAGCAUGAGUAAGGCUCAGGAGGAGUGGACUACGGGUGCCUGGAAAAACCCACAUGUUCAAGAGGCCGCCCAACAAGCUGCCCUCGGAGUCGCCCAAGGAGGCACGCAGGCGCAGGAUCCAGCCAACACACCAAACUAUAGCAAUCAGAUGUUAAUACAGAAUGAAAUAUAAGGCAAGCACCAUUGCAGGGACUUGCCAAAAAACAGGCCGGGAAUGUUGGCCUUUGUGUCUUACAGAUAGAUCAAGACAGCUUUUGGCAGAGCUCUUCUGGAAUAAAAUGUAGAUUGGUGUAUUUAUUUGGAAAAACUAGCCUGAUUUCUGGUUUUCUUUAGUAGGAAAACCUGUGAUGGUUUGUGAUUGUGUGGUUCCUUAGCGCCUUUGUAUUUGGAUGGAAUAGCAGACAGAUUUGUAAUUGUCUUUUUCUUUGACUUCUUUGUAUCUAGUAAGCUGGGUUUUAUUAACUCAGAGGGGGAAAAAAAACAUACACGAUUGUGUAUGUUAAUGAUGUCAUUGUAAGCCUAACGUAUGACUACUGGAUAAUUACUAAAACAAUUCAGGUACUAAAUUAGUAAUUACACCAAAUGUUUCAUUGAGCACAAAUAAAUAACUUUAGUAUGACAAUGUAAUGUCAAAUCUCAAGUAAACAAUCUGUAACAAAAAAAGUAAUUUGUUCUUUUAACUGCAUUCACUGUACAUAGUUAGAGUUUCAGGUGCUAACUGACUAUACUAUCAAUAACUGUUUAUAUAUUUAUCAUUUACAGUAGGUGUUAAAUAAUUAUCAUCAAGUUUGAAUGUCAUUGUAAUCCUUUUGCUUUGGUUUGGGGUUAUGUGCUGAGGUUAUCAUCCUAAACCCUUUCAGUUACAGUAUACAUUCCAUUUUAUGUAUUCAAUAUUAGAUAUAUUAAAUCUUAAUCUUGAUAUUUAAAACCGUCUGUACAGUUUAUUAUAUUAUGUUCAA